AUGAGGAUGGGUGUUCAAACCACGGGAGCAGGUCAAUAUCUUAGUAGCGGCCGCUCUACGCCAUCAUCAUCGCUCGAGGUAUCUCAAUGGGACCCCGGCCGUGAGAGAAAGAUCCGUGCGAAAGUGGAUUUCUCGGUGCUGCCGCUGCUUUAUCUGGGGUUCUUUAUUUUUCAACUGGACCGCAUGAACAUUGCCAGUGCCCUGACCGGUGGCUUCGCAUCUGACAUCAAUGUCUCACAAUCCACGAUCAACUUGGGCAAUCAACUCAUGUACAUGGGCACUGUGGUCUUCGAAAUACCAUGUAAUAUGGCUCAGCAGAAAGGGCGUACAGAAGGGCUCGUCGUUAGAAAAGAAUUCUAA